AUGUUUUUCGAUCGCUUUCAGAUCGGUUCUGAGCCAAUUCGAAUCGUCCUUCACCAGAAGUCUAAUAAAUUCUUGCGAAAUGUCAACACAAUGGUUCCUGGUCGGAACAAACACCAGAUUUCUGUCCUUGUCGUUGUCCCUGAUAGCAUUGAAAGUUGGACGAAUCAUGGCCAAAAUCAUCGACGGAUGGUGCGCGGUCUCAAACUGCUGAAACUUCACUUCCAACGGAUAUUCUCUUUCCUUCGAGUCAAAGUUGAAAAUGUGCUGUUUCGGAACACCCAGCCAUUCUGCAAUGUCUCUAGGGUUGGCCAAAGAAGAUCCCAAACUAACCAAUCUGAUGUCUUUUUCCAAGUUAACAGCGAUGAACCGCAAGCGACUGAGAACCAGCUCAUAAACUGCAUCAACUCCAAUUGCGUGGAAGUCGUCAGCGAUCACCAGUUCUAUCGAUUGAACAUUCUUUCUUUGCUGCCAACGACGGGAAACGAGAUCAAACUGCUCUGGCGUAGCGAGAAUCAAAUGUGA